AAAAAUUUUGUGGAGUUCCGACUUAAAACUAUUGUUUGGGGAUUAUCACAGUUUAUUGUCAAAAUUAUUUAUUGAAAAUCUAUUUUAAACGAUGGAUUGGUGGUUGAUUCUUAUAAUAGUUCUGUCCGUUUUAAUUGGAGUAUUCAUUUUACUUUAUCUUUUGAAAUUGUACGCUCGUCGAGGCAAAUUUAAUAAAACUACAAAAAUUACUGGUAAGAUUGUCAUUAUAACUGGAGCUAAUACUGGAAUUGGGAAAGAAACAGCAAUAGAUUUGGCAAAGCGUGGUGCAAAAAUUUACAUUGCAUGCCGUGAUGCAAAACGUGGUGAAGAUGCUGUUGAUGAAAUUAAGUCAAUAAGUGGAAAUGACAAUGUUUUCUACAUGCAAUUGGAUCUGGGAUCUCUUGAGUCAAUUCGACAGUUUUCAAAUAGAUUUCAUCAGCUUGAGCAUCAACUAAACAUUCUCAUCAAUAAUGCUGGUGUCAUGGCAUGUCCAAAAUCAUACACUUCAGAUGGAUUUGAAAUGCAACUAGGAGUUAAUCAUCUAGGACAUUUCUUACUUACCAAUCUAUUGCUUGGACUACUAAAAGCUGGUGGACCAAGUAGGAUAGUCAUUGUGUCAUCUGAAGGACAUAAGUUCAGUAAUAUUAAUCGUGAUGACUUGAUGAGUGAGAAAUCAUACAGUAAAUAUAAAGCAUAUUCUCAAAGCAAGCUUGCAAAUAUUUUGUUUGCUAAGGAACUAUCGAAAAAGUUAGAAGGAAGUUCAGUCACAGUUAAUAGCUGUCAUCCUGGUGUUGUGCAGACAGAACUAGGCAGACAUCUCAACGAAAAUGUCCGAAAAUACUUCAUCCGUCCAAUAUUCUCAAUAUUCAUGAAGACUCCACUAGAAGGUGCACAGACGCAAAUCAAACUGGCUGUUGACCCUGAUUUAGAAAGCACAACAGGAAAGUACUUUUGUCACUGUAGUGAAAAGCUUCCUUCAAGAGCCGCUCGUGAUGAAGAUAAUGCGAAAUGGUUGUAUGCUAAAAGUUUAGAACUUGUUGGACUGCAAGCUCCUUAACUGAUUAGAAUAAAUUAAUAUUCUCAAGAUUCUAUCAGAACAAUAAUAAAAUAAUAAUUUUGCAAAAAAAAUAUUCAAUAUAUUAAGCUUCGGUCAGUGCUCUCCAAAUAUUCUUUCUUUGAUAAAUAAAG